AUGAAGGCGUUCAGAGCAACGAAGUCGUCCACAACGACGCCCUCGCUCACACUGCAGACAGUCCCCAUCCCCAAGCCAAACGCCCAGCAGGUUCUCAUCAGGAUCAAAACUUCGGCAGUUCAGCCAUCGGAUAUACUCAACGCGAAGGGGGAAUUUCCCCAGACAACGUUCCCUCGCACGCUCGGACGGGACUUUGCAUGCGUAAUCAUCGACGGUCCGCCGCAUUUGCUGAAGAAAGAAGUGUUCGGCACCAGCGGUGCCUCAUUUUCUUUCACUGAAGAUGGCGCACAUGCGGAGUAUGCCAUAGUUCCCGCGAACGGAUUCUGUCUGAAACCACCGUCGCUAGACUGGGUACAAGCUGCUCUGGUCGGGGUGCCGUGUUCGACAGCCUUGCAGAUCAUGGAGCGAAGCGGACUCAAGGCUGGAGAGAGCAUCUUGGUACUCGGCGGCAAUGGCUCGGUCGGCAGCUGGGUAUCAUGGCUUGCAAAAGCAAGAUCUAGACAGGUCAUCACUGUGGGCAGACACGGGGCCGACAUCGAUUCGACGAAAGAUCCAAAGCUAGAAGGCGUGGCCGCGUUAACGAAUGGAAAAGGCGUCGAUGUUGUUGUCGACACUGUGGGAGACGUCGCUUUGAUACGAGCUGCAACAGAACAGAUGAUCCACAGUGGUAGACUUGUGUCCAUUAUGGCUCCGCGCACUGGGAGUACAGACGUGACGUUCGAUCUGUUCUCGUUUUACCGCAGGGAGCUGAGCUUCUUGAGUUGCAACACCGCCGACUACACGCAAGCAUACAUGACGCGCCUGUUGAACGAGAAGUUACUGCCGCUGCUCAAAGGCAAUACGGAAAACAUGCCGAAGGUGAAGGCGACGGAAAUCUCCCUUGGCCAGGUUGCGGAGGCGUACGAUGGCAGCAUCCGUAAAGCAGUGAUAGUGUGUGACGCUUGA